AUGAUGAAUUUCGAUAAUCUCUUUCGACAUUUUAUAUUAACUCAAUCAUUUGUACGUGGUUGGGCAAAUUCAUUUCAUUUACAAGAAAUUUUUACCUAUCGACGUGAAAAAAUUGAUGUAAGAAGCGAAUGUUUAAAACUUGUAUCAGCUGAAAAUGUACAACAAAAUACUGUUGAAAUAAUUAAACAAGAAGUAAAAAGCAAUCAAAAUUAUACAAAUGCUCGAUUUCGUUCACCACUUGCCAAUUAUUUACUACAUUUGGUUUCAUCUCAAGUAGCUACAGCUCAUUUUCAACUUGUUUUACCAUAUGAUCAUCGUUUUGGUAUUGAUUCAAUUCCAAUAGGAAUUUGUUCAAUUCUUCUUGAAAAUUCAUAUUAUGGUUUAAGAAAACCGCCAGAUCAAUCUCGUUAA